UCCACUCCUCCUGUCAUCUCCACAUCGUUUCUUUCCGCAAUGCUCUCGUUCUAUUGUAGCGGGCACUUGCAUACAUCUUACCUCCUUUAGUCCUCACCGUGAUACCUUUCUCAUGGCCGAAAAACGCAGGCUGUCUGCCCGCGAUCGUCGCGAACCCGCGGCGAAGCGACGGGUGUCCGAAGCCGCGCCUCGAUCUUCUUCUCAGCCUCAACAAGCAUCGAAACGAAAGGCAUCAACUCCCGUUGUUGCUCCAGCGCCGCCUCCUCCACAGCCAGAGGUCAUUGAAAAUCCUCUGCCUACCAAAAUUAAGGAUGGAGAAGGUCUCCCCACUUUGCCAAAUCCGCAGCCGGAGGACCUCUCCUCGAAGGAGUAUCAGUCGAUCGCGGAAAGCGCGGUUCUCUUGGCCUCCCUAGAACGAUCGAAGAAGAAAUGGCUUAGCGACGGUAUUCUGGAGCGGUACUGGACCAAGCCCAAGAAGACAAAGAGGGAGCAGAUUGAAGGCAAAAACCCGCCUAAGGAGAGCAUGUCCAAGGUUGGAGCUUGCAACAUCGUGGUCGGUCCUCAUCUGUUUGAUGCUAUGCUAUAUACGGUGAAAGACCCCAAUGCGCCGCCGCCGAUUCAGUAUACACCACCUCAACGCCCGAUGGUCCAUUACGGACACCCUAAUAACUUUCAGCAAUACCAUCCAUAUCCGCAUGCUCCCACCCCGUCACAACAGUCUCGUCAGCAGCAGCAGCAGCAGCAGCAGCAACAACAACCGCCACAGCAACAGCAGCAUCCCCAGCAACAUCAACAACCUCCUCACGGAACACCGGCCGCUCCGGGUACGCCUCAGUCCGGCUAUCCUCCUGCUAGCCAUCCGUCCUCACCGCAUCCUGCUCGAACACCUCAACACACUCCUCGGCUUCCUCCCGGAACUCAAGCAGCGCAGCGACCAUCUCCCUCACAUCAUCCUCAGCCGUCGCAGCCCCCUCAACCGCCGAAACCCAGUCCAGACCCAGUCAUUCAGAUGCUCGCAACCCGCGCCGCCUCCGACCCGGACCUCAAGGCCUUGAUGCGGGUGGUAGCUUCCAGCAAAGCGUCCCAAGAGCAACUGCGUGCUUUCCAGGCUCAUAUAGAUGAGCUCAACGCUAUCAUUCGAGCGAGGGAACAACAGCAACAACGACAGCAACAGCAGCAACAGCAACUACAACAGCAGCAGCUCCAACAAAGACAACAGAUGCCGCUAACCCCUGCUCAUUCGCAAACCACGUCUAGAACACAACAACCUCCUCUACAGCCACCUCAGACGCCGCACCAGGCGCCGCAAGCUCCGCCUCAGCAACGACCUCCUCAGCAGUCAGUUCAACCAGCCCCGCAAACACAGCCUCCUGCUCAACUGCAUCCGCGCGUUGAAGUGAUUUCCAAGCCCUCAACAUCCUCCGGUACACCAGUACAACCUGGCACUUCGUCACAAACACCUCACACGCCAACCCCACAAGGCCCUAAAGCGCAACCGAUCAAGCAUGAGCAUGGAUCAGUCCCGCAAAUUCACCCUGCCACCCCGCAAAGCUCCGUUCCUCCUGCUACGCCAGGGCCAGGGCCAGUUGUAGAAAUCACCAAGCAGUCAACUCCAGGAGGACGUCCCGCGCCUACGCAACAGCAGCAGCAGCAGCAACCACAACCAGCUCAGGCGACUGGGUCCCGCGCAGGUCCUUCCCAACAGCAAUAUCAACAAACUCAUUAUCAAGGUCAUCCACCCGCAAUCCAGUCUCGGCCGCCCAAGUACGGGUCACCGACUCCAUACUACCGCCCUGCGCCGCCCCCGCCCCCGCCUCCAAGGCUAAACUACAAGUCCGUUGUCUUUGAAUUUACCUCCCCUCUGACUCCUUAUGGUAGCAGUACUUCCGGACACGCAGGGUCUGGAGACCGUUAUCUCUUCCCGGAGUACACUAUCUUAGAAUGGCUCCCUGGAGGAACUACUGUGCUUGCAUCGUUUCUGCUCGUGCGUAAAGUGGACCGCAACGCCACAUUCCCUCUGGAGACGGGCUCCGAACCAUCCUCCAGGGCAAAGGGUAAAUCGGGCUCCAAGUCCAAAUCCAAAAAGGCAGCCGACAAGAUGAAGACCCCGGCACCUCCCGCAGAGAAACCCAAGGAAGCCGAGAAGCCCAAGGAGGCAGCGAAAGAGAAAGAGCAAGAGCCUGAGAAUAAAGGCGAAGAGAGACCCGCCUCGGAACCCACGCCCGCUACCGCUACCGCUGAGGACGGCAAACCCGACCCAUCGAAACCAGCAGCGACAGAGGGCAGCGACAAGCCAAAAGGCGGGGAGCAACCCGACGCAGAAGCGGGCGCUGCCUCCAACCUGACCGCGACAUCAACCAGCACAAAAGCUGCAGCAGACAAAGAGCCCACCUCUUCUGCUGCCGGCACCACCACCGCCGAGAAGAGCAGCAAGAAAGACGACCCGAACCUCAAGGAGUAUUACCAACCGGUCACCUUCCGGAUCUUCAGCAACAACCCCAAAGUUCUCGAGCCGCUGAGUCGAGUCGUAAAACCCGCCGACGAGGUGCGCAAGUACAUGAACGAGAUCAUGGACCGCGCCGAACGUGCGCCCGAGGGCUGGCUGGCCUAUCGCCUGCCUCGGGAAGAGCAGGAGGACUCAACCAACAAUAACAGCAGCAGCAACCCAACAAGCAAGGAGGUGGAAGACAGCGCCAGCCGUAAAACGGGAGGAACUCCGGUGCCGGGCCAGCGGAGCCGGCUCAGUUCUCGUGGUGGUGCUGGUAAUAAGGUGGAUUCGGAUGCUGAACUCAGCGAGCAGCAGCCGGGCGGCGAUGGGGAUGAUGAGGAAGAGGAGGAGGAGGAAGAGUUGAGGGAUUUCUAUGGGCCACCGACUGGGCUUCCACCUCUGGGGGCUUGAGUAAGCGUACUCUUUCAGCCACUGUUCCGCGAUUUAAUCGCAACAAAUGGAUUCAAGUUCCAUCCGUAUAAAGGACUAUCAUGCGUGACUCCUGCUGGUGCAGAAACCAUUUUCUUGCGUGGUCGUGUUUCUUCUGUGGCUGUGGUUGUGGCCAUGAUCAGUGCCUGGGUGCAGGGUUCAACACGCAAGAAAGAGCACAAACUGCACUUUCCACUGACUGCUGGGUUGGAAUCUGGAGCUCCAUAGUACAGGUUUAUAGAAUCC